AUGGUACACCGUAACGCUUUCGUCAAAGCCUUGGUGGCUUCACUUUUCGUUGUUCCAGGCUCGGCCCUCCCUGCCCCUCAAAUGGGAGACUAUGGGGAGAACAAGGGCCCCGUAGGCGGAGUCAAGCCCCCAACACCAACUGUUACCUCAACAAGCGGUUCUCUAUACGGUGACUCUAGCUUGCUCGGUGGCAACGCUCCUCUCCCAGAUCCCGAGCAGGAUUCUGCCAUCGUCAAAAACCCAAAGCUCGUCAAUGGCCAGAAAGCUGAUCCCAAGCUCGGGCUCUAUCUGGACUUUGAUGGUGUAGAUGUGCCCCAGCCAAUCCGAGGCGAACUAGGCGCCACAGAUCCUGGUCCUCGAACUUACGACUAUGAGAGACUCAACCCCGAUCUCUUUGCUCCUCCAGGUACAGAUGCCGGAGAUGUCCCCAAUGCCAUGUGGCCGCUUGGUCUUUCUCACAACCGUCUUGGUAGUGAAGCUGGUGCUGGAUGGGCUCGACAGCAGAAUCAGGAUGUCCUUCCCGCUGCAACUGCUAUGGCUGGAGUUGACAUGCGUCUCGCUCCAAAUGCCUAUCGCGAACUUCACUGGCACACGGCCAAUGAGUGGGCGUUGGUCACAAAAGGCUGUCUGCGUGUUGCCGCUGUUAACGAUGAAGGCAAAAGCUUUGUCGAUGAUCUCUGUGAGGGUGACGUUUGGUUCUUUCCUGCUGGCAUUCCUCACAGUCUCCAAGCUUUUGACAAGGGCGUUGAGUUCCUCCUGGUAUUUGACCAGGGCUCAUUUUCCGAAGACGAGACAUUCCUUGUAUCCGAGCUGUUCUUGAGGAACCCUGUCUCUGUUCUGGCCAAGAACUUCGAGACUGAGACGACUGCCUUUGAUAACAUUCCAAAGGACGAGCUUUACAUUUUCAACGGAACACCAGCGCCGAAAGAUAUCGAGAAACAGAACGUGACGGGCUCAGCUGGCGCGUUGAUGGGUAAUGAUUCGUACACAUAUCAUUGGUCUCAGCAGAAGCCCCAUACUGUACCAGGAGGCUCUGUCAAGAUCAUCGACCCGACGACCUUCCCAAUCGCCAAAGGCUUCUCAGCCGCUCUCGUUGUCGUUCAGCCUGGCGCACUUCGCGAGAUACACUGGCACACCACUUCUGACGAGUGGAGUUACUUCCUUCAGGGCAGCGGCCGAAUCACCGUCUUCAAAGCAGCCUCGUCAGCUCGAACUUUCGACUUCACUGCUGGUGGCGUUGGAUACAUCCCUGCUGCAAACUCUCACUACGUCGAGAAUACUGGAACAGAGGACUUGAUUUUUCUCGAGGUUCUUCAAGCGCCCAAGUUUUCAGAUGUUUCUGUGGCACAAUGGCUGGCCUUGACACCCAAGCAGAUUGUGAAGGACCACCUCAAGGUUUCUGACAAGUUUUUGGAUUCCUUGCCCAAGGAGAAGGCGUUUAUCAAGACGGGAGACGUGAACAUGACAGCUAUCGCAGACGAAGCUUAG